AUGGUUUUCUCCUUUCCUGUUUCUCCCGUCACUCCACCGACUCGCCGGGCCGCCCCUCCUGCUCGUCCUCAUUCUUUCAUUGGCUUCCGAGCUCAGCAUCAUCACUAUCAUCAACAGCUUUUGCGUGCCUCUCCACAACAGACAGCCUCUGUAGGUAUCCGUCUGUCUAGGUUACCGGACAGUGUACUCUGCCGCGUUCUACAAUUUGUCACCCCUAAUGAAUUCGCGAGGGUGGCAAGCGUCAGCCGCCGGUUCCGGCGCUUAUCUGAAGAUGACAGCAUCUGGGAUCUUAAGAUUCGUUGGCUUGAUUACAAGGGACCUACGCCUUCGGCAGACUUUCUUGUGAGCCCUACGUCGAAUACUACCUCUGCAAGUCUCGGCGAUGACGAACUGUUUGGCGAUUUUGUCGUUGGCUCUACCACCGCGCCCAAUCGUGUCGCUUUGCCGUUAGACCGCCAUACUCAGCCUCGCAUGUCUCUUGAAACUUCACUUACCGCCUUGCAACUGAAGGACACGUCACGAGUCAUAUCUGAGUCAGGCGCUUGUCCUGGCAAAUCCGUUCUGUCCCCUCCUAAAGAAGACUCGCUAAUGGUCUUUCACGCGAGAGAAAAUGAUGUGGGUUCAUUGGCACUCGAUCCUGGUCAUCCUCAACCUUUGCAAGUCACAAGCUCUGCGGCGCGUUCACAACCCCUCAAUUCACGGCAGCGCUUCAUUCAACAAUACGUCGUCCUAAUGCCCUAUCUCAACUCUUUAUAUCAUCAUACCACGUCUUCUCUCCUAUUUACCGAUCCCAAUCUCACUAGUCGUCAUCGCGUGGAACUGCUUUCCACUCUUUUCAGACUGCUUUCGAACCCUUUUCUAGCGCCCAGCCGUUUUUUCGCAAACCCGGUACUUGCUCGUAAUAUUCAAAGCGCUAUCGACGUAUUCGAAGCUAGCUUGUUGAGUGAAUUUGAGCAUGCAGAUGACCGUGGAGACGAAGAUGCUAUGCGAACGGCGUCCGAGCUUGUCUGGGCUCUCGGAUGCGAUGGAUCCUCUGUCAUCCAGGUUUUCAUCACCAAACGGGAGAUCUUUUAUGACACCCGAUUUAAUCCUCUCGACAACCUAGUUCGGACUGAGACGCAAAAUGGCCAAAUGGCCGACGGAGUUGAUUUUCGUCCAAUGGAAACUUACAUGCGGCACGUACUCGAGACUAUCACCAGAGAAGGGUCUCUGAUUGCCCGCGUCUUCCCACCUGAUGCGACUGUCUUGCUACAUUUUAUCGAACGCAUUGCAGUGGAUGUGCUGUCCGAAUAUAUCACCACCCUUUUGUCUUCGGCUCAGUCCCUCCCACAACCACUGUUUCAGCUGUCCACCGUGGCAGUAUACAGUCAGCUCAGGGCUGCUAUCGAAACCACGAUGGCUAUCAAGCCACCGAACAAGCGAGUGACUCUGAGCGCAGUCGAAGACAUUUUUAACAAGAUGUUCGAGAUUCAUUUGAGCGACUAUCUGCAAGAAGAGGCAGAUUGGACAAAAGAGGUACUCGAGCGACUCUGCGCGGAAUGGGGUCCCCCUGUGGGAGUUGAGCCUACUACUGAUGCUGCCGCACUCAAACGCAACGUACUGGGCUCACUCAAAGACGCCCUGAUGGUCCCAGUCAGUGUAGUCCCUAAGACCGUUGCUUAUUCAUUCAACGCGUUGUCAACAGUAGGCGCGGGCGCCUUUCAAUCAGUAGCUGGGGGAUUGAAAACGCCAGCACUCCCGGGUUCAAUGUCGUCUCCGGCAACAGCGAGCGGGUACAAAGAUGCCCAAUUCCUUGUGGAUGGUCGCGUGCGAGGCAACGAAUUGGAGAGUUGGCUGGACGAAAACGAAGAUGCUGAAGUGGGGGAUCAUCAACCACCUCAAAACAUAGCACUAGAUCCUGCUCUAGAGUCGACCAGCGGCAGUGUACGAGAUGAGGUCAACGAUCUCAGAUUGCUACUCUCCCUCGAUGUCUCCUUGAAAUUAAUCGCUGCCGAUCGCGAGGCGCUCAAGCGAGUAGAGACUUUUGAGAGCUUCAAGGGCUUUUAUGGUAGUAAGAUACCUGAUAUAGCAAGCUCAAGCGAUAAGUCGAAAAAAUUGCUGAAACAGAAUAAAUCAGGAGAAUUAUUGGCCUUGGUUGAAUAUUUCGAGCUUGUCCAAAUAGCAGACACAAUACAACAGAUGGUGGAAGCUUACUAUGAAGCCGAAAUGGUGCAGAAAAUCGAUCGGACUGAUUUCUUGAAUGCCAUCGUCCGAGAAAAGCGCGCUUUCGAAAUGGGAUUAGACGAUGGUGUCGCAGGUGGACUCAAUGCCAGUCUGGGAUUGCUGAUGAGUGAAGUAGAGCGGGUGAUGAGUGAGGCUCAGACGGGUGUAGAUUACUGUCCAGAUGCCGUAUUGGUCGGGCACAGCGCAGAGAAUCCCACAAGUUCUGAUGUCAGAGGACGAGAUUUAGAGCCAACAGCAGCAUGUCGCGCUGCUCUUGACUGCCUGGACCGUCACUGCGGGCUACUUCAAAGUAGCAGAGGAGCUGACAAGCAGAUAAUGGAGGUAUUCUACCAAGAAGUCGGUUUAAGACUGCACGGGAUGAUCUGCAAACAUUUGAAGAGACUCAUUAUAUCUGUUGAAGGAGGCUUUCAACUCAUCGCUGAUUUGAACGCUUACCACCAAUUUGUCUCCAAGUCGUUCAGAUCGGUCGAUCUCUCAGCUGAAUUUGCUUCCCUAAAGUUGCUCGGAAGUCUUUUCAUCAUCGAGUCCCCCAAACUCUUGGCUGAACUUGCGAGAGACGUAGAGAGGUUCGGGGGCACAUUCAGGGUUGAAGAUAUUUAUGAGUUCAUCAAAAGAAGGUCAGAUUGGAAGAAGAUUGAGAAGGAAGUUGAUCGAGCGAUGUUUGGGAUUGGCCAAGAUGAUUGCCUCGUGUCUUGA